AACCCCCGGCUCGCCCGGCCCGGCUCCCAUCCCCGGUGCCGGUGCCCAUGCGCGCUGCCCCGGAAGGGGCGGCUCGGACCCGCCAUGGCGCCGCGGCUGCUGCUGCUGCUGAGGGGCGCGCGGCGCGGGCUGGAGCGGGGCCGGCCGGGGCAGCAGUUUCUCCUGAAUUCCUGCAGGCAUUGUUCUUCAGAAGUCUUUCCCAAUGAGAGGAUCCGCAACAUUGGGAUCUCAGCCCACAUUGACUCGGGGAAGACGACGCUCACGGAGCGAAUCCUCUUCUAUACGGGCAGGAUAGCACAGAUGCAUGAGGUGAAAGGUAAGGAUGGAGUUGGAGCUGUUAUGGAUUCAAUGGAGCUAGAGCGACAGCGUGGAAUCACAAUUCAGUCUGCAGCAACAUACACCAUGUGGAAAGACACCAACAUCAACAUCAUAGACACGCCAGGACAUGUGGACUUCACGAUUGAAGUGGAGAGAUCUCUGAGAGUUCUUGAUGGAGCUGUUCUGGUUCUCUGUGCUGUUGGAGGAGUUCAGUGCCAGACAAUAACUGUGAACAGGCAAAUGAAGCGUUACAGCGUGCCAUUUGUAACAUUCAUCAAUAAACUGGACAGAAUGGGCUCUAGCCCAGCCAGGGCAGUGCAGCAGAUGAGAUCCAAGUUAAAACACAAUGCAGCUUUUGUUCAGAUUCCAAUUGGGCUGGAGGGAAACUUUAAAGGACUUAUAGAUCUUAUUGAAGAAAAAGCUAUAUAUUUUGAUGGUGCACAUGGCCAGACUCUUCGGUAUGAGGAAAUUCCAGCUGAGUUUAGAGCUGAGGCUGCAGAGAGGCGUCGGGAGUUGAUCGAAUGUGUUGCUAACUCAGAUGAUCAACUUGGGGAGCUGUUUUUGGAAGAAAGGAUUCCUACAGCUGCCGAGUUAAAGCUUGCGAUCAGAAGAGCAACACUGAAGAAGUCCUUUACCCCAGUACUUGUGGGAAGUGCUUUAAAGAACAAAGGAGUGCAGCCGUUGCUGGAUGCUGUCCUGGAAUACCUCCCCAAUCCAUCAGAGGUUGAGAAUUAUGCUAUUCUUAACCAGGGAGAUUCUGAGGACAAAACCAAGUUCCUGUUGAAUUCUGCUCGAGACAAUUCUCAACCUUUUAUCGGCCUUGCUUUUAAAUUGGAGGCUGGCCGUUUUGGGCAGUUAACCUAUAUUCGAGUUUAUCAGGGGAUGCUGAAGAAAUCUGAUUAUAUCUAUAACACCAGGACGGGGAAGAAAGUGCGUGUACAAAGACUUGUCCGUAUGCAUUCAGACAACAUGGAGGAUGUAAAUGAAGUUUAUGCAGGAGACAUAUGUGCAUUGUUUGGAAUUGAUUGUGCCAGUGGGGAUACGUUCACAGAUAAAACCAGUACGGACAUUUCCAUGGAAUCGAUUCAUGUCCCUGAUCCUGUCAUUUCAGUAGCUAUGAAGCCUUCCAACAAGAAUGACUUUGAUAAAUUUUCAAAAGGCCUGAACCGCUUCACAAGGGAAGAUCCCACUUUCAGAAUCCAUUUUGACGAUGAGAGCAAAGAGACCAUUGCUUCUGGAAUGGGGGAACUGCACUUGGAAAUCUAUGCCCAGCGAAUGGAAAGAGAAUAUGGUUGCCCUUGCACCAUGGGAAAGCCAAAAGUUGCCUUUAGGGAGAACAUCACCACGCCUGUGCCGUUUGAAUAUACGCACAAGAAACAAUCAGGUGGAGCAGGCCAGUACGGGAAAGUUAUAGGCGUGCUUGAACCCCUGGAUCCAGAGGACUAUACAAAAUUAGAAUUCGAAGACAGAACCGUUGGCACAAAUAUUCCAAAACAAUUCGUGCCUGCUGUUGAAAAGGGAUUCCGAGAAGCAUGUGAGAAAGGUCUGGUGUCCGGGCACAAGAUCUCUGGAGUCCGUUUUGUCCUGGAUGAUGGUGCACAUCACAUGGUGGACUCCAAUGAAAUCUCUUUUAUCAGAGCAGGAGAAGGAGCCCUAAAGCAAGCUAUGGAAAACGCCACUGUGCGUAUACUUGAACCCGUUAUGGCAGUGGAGGUGAUGGCACCCAUAGAAUUCCAGGGAACAGUGAUAGCUGGAAUUAAUCGUCGUCACGGAGUGAUCACAGGACAGGAUGGCACAGAGGGUUACUUUACUCUCUAUGCUGAGGUGCCACUGAACGAUAUGUUUGGAUACGCCACUGAGCUGAGGUCCAGCACAGAGGGAAAGGGUGAAUAUACCAUGGAAUACUGCAAAUAUCAGCCGUGUUCGCCUAGCACUCAAGAAGAAGUAAUUAACAAAUACCUCGAAGCAACAGGGCGGCUUCCUGCAAAGAAAGGCAAAGCCAAGAGCUGAUUUUCACCCUCUUGAGUACAUGGAACAGUUCUUCACAAGCUUCUCUUAAAGGCUCAGUUGCCCAAGCCAGAGCAGCAAUCAAGGCUGCUGAAUAAGUGCUGGCUGCAGUGGGACUUGGACUGUAAUUUCAUCAUAAUAUCCUUCCUUUGGGGUAUUCUCAGAAGCCUCCGGGAGAUUACAGUGGAAUUGUUCACGUGUAAAUGCUGCUUGUUAACAAAAUAUAUAAAUGUUAAAACAGUAAUGAUAAUUUGUCUUGAAAUUUGUCUUAAUCCAUUCCUAUUAAAAUAAUUGUAUUUUUUGUAUUUAGUUACUACUUCUGGUCUUGAAAGUUUAACAAUUCUACUUGAGGAGGCUUAGCUACCGGUUAACUGCCAGGCAUGUGUGGGGGAUGAGUUGUCAUCCAGUACCCGGGGGGCGGGGGUUCACAUAUGCACUCCAAGCACAGAUCCUUUAGCUCCUGCACUUACAGCAUUCAGUACAGAGAACGAAGGUUUAUUUUCCCUUUGCAUCCUUCAGAAACAGCGCUAAGAGCUUCUGACAUCCCCACGAACCAGGCAGCGUCGCCUGUCCAUGCAAUGUGCUUAUCACUGACAGUACAGGACAUUUGAAGGGAGUCGAUAAUGAUAUACAGAGCAGUUAACUCUUGCCAAAACUGCGAACAACGUGGGUUUAUUUUACGUGCUUGCUUUCUUGGCUUUUUAUUAGAAAACCAGAAGAUUCCUUUUCACGGGUUCUUAAACUCCAGAGGCCGUGUUGCUGAUGAUGCUUAGCUUGGGACUUGGCUGAAUGGAUCUCGAUCACUCAAGAAAUAAAACGAGCGUGUUGUAGUUGAGUGAAAAAGAGAAAAUGUUAUCAUCAAUUUGGGGUUUUAAUUACUGCCAGAAGAUCCAUUCUGAAUUCUCUUUGCGUGCUCCUUCUUCCAACCUACUCAGCCUAACAGUAUGUUUUGCAAGCUUCCAGUAAACAGGGAAUGAAGUUCCAGUUCAAAACCAGCUACAUUCCUGGCACAGGAUUGUGGCUGAUGUUUACCAGACACAGAGAGGACUGCAAGGGCUGGGCUGCAUCUCCUCGGCCUCCACAGAAAGACGCUGAAAAUGAUUGAUUUUAACCUUGAAAAAAGUACAGGGUGGGAGACUGUCAGGAGCAGGUAAGCGCUAACCAAGCCCUAGCAUAGUGUUAUAUAUGAGUACAAUGCCGCUCUGGGCCAAAUCCUUAAUUCCCUUGCAUUGGGAGCUUUGUUUUUAUGAAAAUACUCAGCUGGAAGUCAUUUCUAGAAAAUCCC